AAACUAGACCAUAAAAGUUGCUUUAAAUAGAUUUAUGUAGCUGAAAUUUCGGAGAAUUGUGAAAAACUUCCAUAGUUUUAUUUCCUGCCGGAAUGAUGCCACCAAAGGCGUUUUAGCAUUAUCAGGAGUAAAGAAAUUGGUCACACUGACGCCGACCAAAACAAAAAUUAAGAUAUUUGAUAAAUAUUUAUAAAUUACAAGGCAAUGGCUGCCUCACGCUCUCGCCGCAACAAUGCGGGCAACAAAAUAGCCUCUUUAUUGGACGAAGAGGAAGACGACUUUUACAAAACAUCCUAUGGAGGAUUUCAGGACGAGGAAGAAGACAAGGAAUACGAACAAAAGGAUGAGGAGGAGGAUGUGGUGGACUCGGACUUCAGUAUCGAUGAGCAGGACGAGCCCGUUUCUGACCAGGAAGAGGCACCCGACAAAAAGCGUAAACGCGGCGGCGUAAAUACCAAGGCCUACAAGGAAACCAAACCGGCUGCCAAAAAAGAGACCAAGUCCGUGCCGGCUUUGCACAAAAAACGCGGUGGUGGUGGCGUCUCAAAGCGCCGGGUACGUCCUCGCUUCACAGUCAUUGAUUCCGGCCGCAAAUCUAUUCGCACCUCGACGGCCAUUAAGACGCAGGCAACGAAAAUCCGCCUGAAGGAGCUGGACGAUGCCCGCAAGCGAAAGAAGAAGAAGGUGCGCGUGGAGGACUAUAUGCCCACGCAGGAAGAGCUCUUGGAGGAGGCAAAAAUAACGGAAGAGGAGAACAUCAAAUCUCUGGAGAAAUUUCAAAAAAUGGAACUGGAAAAGAAGAAAACGCGUCCCACCAAACGCACCUUCACAGGGCCAACCAUACGUUAUCAUUCGCUGACCAUGCCUGCCAUGCGGAAGCCCACGCGCGCUAGCCUUCUGCCCAGCGAUUCGAAAGAUCUUGCCGGAAAGUGCGAGCGCACAUUCGUGACGGUGGAGAACGAUUUCAAUGACAAGGUGUUCCAGAACAUCUUCCGCCCCAAACCGCUGCCGAAACCUAGUAAUGGCAUCUGUCCCAUUACUCGACUGCCGGCCCGCUAUUUUGAUCCUGUCACCCAGCAGCCGUACUACAGCAUCCAGGCCUUUAAGAUACUGCGCGAGGCGUACUACAUGCAGCUGGAGCAGCAGGGAACCGACAGCGGAAACAGCAGUGAACAGCCAGAGUUGGUCAAGUGGCUGGAAUGGCGCAAGCUGGUCAAGGAGAAUCGCGUCAAGGCGGCGACAGCAGUUGUCAGCAAAAAUGGAGACAACUAACAGCUGGUAACUCUUUCUAUUAGUUCUUAAAAUUAAUUAUGUAGAAUAAAGUAAAUUUAAUACA